AUGUCGCUCGCCGAGGAGCCAGGACCCCUCCCGGUACCGGCACGCUGCCGCGGGAGGGCUGGUUUCCUCCCCGGUGAGGGCGGCAGGAAGCGCCGCCUCCCUCAGCCGGUCCUGCCGCUGCCCGGCCAUCACCGUGGGCACGGGCGGGGGACCGGCCGCCCCGCCCCGGGCGCCGGGGGGCGUCGGCGCGGAGCGGCACCGCCCCGGCCCCGGCCGCAGCCCGCCCCGGGGCCGGCUCCGCGGGGCUUCCCCGGCGAGCCCCCCGCCCGAGGCGCGGCACGUCCCGCUCCCGAGCCCCGCGAGGCCACGGCCCGGCCCGCGGCCCCGCGCCGCCUCCGGGGCCCCGCGGGGCAGGCAGCCCCCCCUGCCCGGGACGCGGCGGCCUCACGGCCGCUCCGGGGGCUUCGCCCCGCACCCCGCAGCCUUGCCGGGGGCCGGGCCCCGCGGAGCUGCCCCGCGCCCGCUCCCGCAGCCCCCGGCUCAACAGUUGCCCCCGGGGCCGCUCCCCGGCGGAGCGUCCCGCAGCCUCGGCAGCCGCGGCCGGGUCCCCGCGCUGCCGCACCGGGGCAGCCCCGGACACGGAGGUGGCGGCGGCCGCGCUGCCCCCGGGGAGGGCUCUUCCGCCACCGCCCGGCACCCGGCCGGCCGGCACCCGCAGCCGAACCGGCCCCGGGCACGGCGGCGGCCGGGGCGGGCUCGGGCCACGCCGCCAAACUCCGCGAGCGCCGGGCGCCGCCGUCCCACCGCCGCCCCGGGAGCGCCGCGCUGCGCGGCCGCCCCGCCCCGCCGCGAGACCCCCCGCACCGCCCCGGCAGCGGCAGGUGCCGCCGGUGCCGGAGCCGGAGCAGCCGUGCCGGGCAGGGCAGCGGCACCGCCGCGCCGUCGCGGGGCGGGGAGCGGAGCCGCCGCCGCCGCCCGCUGCCCCCCGCCCGGCGCUGUCAGUGCCCGCCGCGCCCCCGCCGCUGUCCCGCCGCAGGACGUCGCCGUCCCCCCACAGCCCGCACAGCCCCCCCCCGCGCCGCCCCACCGCCGCCCCCGGGGGUGUCCCGGGACCGUUUCCAUGGAGAUCCCGUCCGGACGGCCGGGAGGGGAGGGUCGGGCCACCCGCUCCCCCCCGCCUGCCCCCGUGUGCCGUGGGUGCGGGGCGGCGCGGGCCCGGGGUGCCCGGGCAGCGGGGGCCGGGGUCCAGCGCGGGGCGGCGCGGGGCGGUCGGUACGCACCUGCUUCCCGAGGCGGGCGGGCGGCGGGGGGCGGCGGGCCGGGGCGGGCCCCUGCCCCAGGCGGCGGGUCGGACCCCGGGCGCUGCGAGCGGCGGUUCGGCGGCAGCGGCGGCGGCGGAGGAGACACUGGCAGCGGCAGCCGGAGUGUGAGGGCGAGAGCGAGCCGCGGCCGCGCGGGCUGCCGGGAGCCGUAGUCCGCCCGCCGGGGCCGGGAGCCGCCGAGCCGCCCCGCGGACUGCGGGUCCCGGCGUGCCGCGCGCCCCGGCCCGCGCGGGGGGGCCGGGGCGGGGGGCGGGAGGCCGCCGCGCCCGGGGUUCGGCACGGCACGGCACGGCACGGAGCGGAGCGGCUCGGCACGGGGGGAGCCCAACGCGCACACGCCCCGCACACACACACACGCCCGCCCGACCCCGCGCCGGGGCACCGGCUCCCGCACCGGGGAGCGACGCUCGCUCCGCACCGGGGGGAGGAGAGGGAUGGAGGAGGAGGCGGCAGCGGGGGCGGGCGCUCGCUCCACGCCCGGGCAGCGCCGGGCGCCCGACAGCGGGCAGAGCCGGACGGGCAGCGCACGGCGAGCGCGGCGCACGCAGCCCCGGUGCCCGCAGUCCCGAUGUCCCCAGCCCUACAGUCCUCAGCCCCGGUGCCCGACGCCCCCCGCUGCCCCCCGCCCCGUUGCCCUCCGCCCGGUACCCCCCUCCCCGUGCCCACCGCCGGGCGCGGCCGCGGGGGGGAUGGGGGUGGGUGUCCCCGGGCGCAGCGGGGCCGGGGCCAGUUGGGACAACGCGGACCCGCCUGCCCAGCCCAGGUGGGCGUGUGGUCCCCCAGCCCGGCGACGCUGCCGACGGGUGACCCCCCCCGGGCCCGCUCCCCCCGCCGGCUCGGUGCCCCGCGGGGCGCGCAGCGCUGCGGGGCGGGGGUCGAGGCGCCACCCCCGCGCCAUGCGGGACACCGAGCGGCGCGGCGCGGCACGGUGCGGCGGCCGCAAGUUUGUCACCGGCCCCCGCCCGCGGCACCGGGGCCCGCAGGCCCGGAGGCCGCCGCACCCCCCGCGGUGCCCGGCCAGGCCCGACCCGCACCGUCCCGCACCGCCCCGGCGCUGACAGCCUCGCCCGGCCCGGGGCCGCGCCGCCCCCGGCGCCCGCACGGGCCUCGGAGACCGGCGGCCUCGCAGCGCCCUGGCGCGGCCCCGCCGUGCGGGCACCGGCUGCCCGGCCCGGCCCUGCCCGGCCACGCCGCCCCGGGCUGUGCCGGGCCCCGCGCAGCACCGCCCCGUGCCCGCUCCUCUCCCGCGGCCCCUCGCCCCGGCCCCGCCGCGCCCCCUCCGCCCGGCCCCCGCGUACCGGCAGCCGGGGGGGGCCGCGGGGGUCCCCGCUCCUGCACGACCCGGAGGAGAGGGCGGGACCCGGCCCGCGGCGCGGGGGCUGCGCGGGGACGGGCAGGACCGGCCGGUCCCGGGGCGGGGGGCGCGGUGCCGCCGCGGUGUCCCCCCGUGCCCGUGCGGCGGCACCGCGCUCCGGCGGGGAGCGGCCCCGGGGGCGGGCAGGGGCCGGGGGCUUCCCGGGGCCGGGCCCCGCAGGGCUGCGGGGUGGGCUCGGAGCGGGGCGGUGCUGCGGUGACCGCGGCCCGCGAUCAUCCGUGGGCGCCGGGGCGGCUGGCGGAUGUCACCGUCCCGCGCCCGCGGCGGGCUGCUCGGACCCCGGUGGGCUCCGCUGCUGAUCUCCGUGGGGUCCGUGCAGCCCUCAGCCCCGCAGGACCCGUUUGCUCCCCCGGUUUGGUCCAUCCGAUGGCGAAGUCUCUUCUCAGUUCAGCGUUGCCAUGGCCGGGGCCUCCGGGAGGACCCCCCAGCUGUGGGCAGCCCCAGCUGCUGCCUCACCUCGGCAUUUCCUCCACACCACCCUCCCGGGGACUCCUGCCGAGCUCCAAGGGCACCCGUGAGCCCUUCGAGCGCUCAGGGCAGCCCCUGACCUGA